GCAGUUAACAAUGACAGUGGGAGCAGCUUCUCUGGUACUGCUCCUCGGGCUAGCUCUCGGCGGCGCCAGCAGCAACAACAACAGCAAGCUGCUGGCCAUUCUGAACGGCUCCGCGCCGGCGCUGGACUUGCUGCUGCACAUCGAUGUGCUGGCCGGAGAAAUGGCUCCAUUGAGCACGGCCGUGGGACCGCUUGAUCUGGAGUCCGUUAUACGCGCCGAGGUGAACGGCGACUGGGAGCGCGCACGCCUCGUGCUGCAGCUGGCCAGCCAGGCGCGCACGCCGGAGCUGAAGCAUGCCAUCUACGAGGCGCUGUGGCAGGAGCUGCAGCAGACCAAGCAAAUCUAUGAUCCGCUCAAGCUGUUGGAAUUCCACGGCCAGCUGACGGCGCUGUCCGAUGUGCCGCCGCCGCUGCUGGCGAAGGUAUAUCAAACGUUUGUCGGACGCAGCGCCCAACUGCUGGCGGCACCCUUCCACACGGCCAGCCGCAGCGCCAAUUUUCCGCUGGUCAGCGCUCUGCUGCAGCGGCUCACCCUGAGCACGCUGGACUAUUUGCGCGAUAUACUGGAGGCGCUGUUCGAUCUGGUGCUGGCGCUGGAAAGCACGCUGAGUGUGGUGCAGCGUUGGGGCAACUUUAGCGCCAGCCUGACGCAGCUGACCCUGGCGAAUCUGCAAUUGUUGCAGCGAACAGAGCUGCAGCUGGAUGCAGCUGCUCGCACUGCGCUGCAGGCUAAUCUGCGCCAGCUGCUGGAGCAGCCCGCCUUUGAGCCGGACGUGGACGGCACGCUGCGCCAGCAGGUGUAUGCCCAGCUGCCGGAGGAUGAGCGCAUCCUGUACACCGCGCAGAAGGUGUGCCUGCGCAACGUGACCGACGGCAAUGCCUACAUCUACGAGUGCCCGCAAACCUAUCUGAUCUGCACCAAUGCACGCGAUCCCAAGAAGGCCGCCUACUACGUGCAGCGCGGACACGGCGGCCCCAACAAUACCCUGCAAUUUGCCUUCUACAGCGCCUACUGGCGCAAUCGCUACAUCCUGCUGGAACCGAGCAAUCACUCGGCAACUGGCCAGCACAUUACAAAGAACGUUUACAGUCGCGCUGCGAUCGACUGGUGGCAUGUCCUACAGCUGGAUGGCGGCGGCGUGGCCUUAUACGAUGCGGCGACAGCCCGCUCCGUGCUCUGCGGCGGUGAUCCCCAGCACUGGGAUGGCGAGGAGAAGCAUGUCUAUACACGCAACGCCCAGGAGUUUGCCAGCAAUCGCCGGGAGUGCGCCUGGAGCAUUGAGGAUUGCAGCGAUGUGUCCUAAGAGAGGCGAGGAACAAAAUCAAUUAUUUAACCCACAUAUUUCCCAUUGAAAGCAAAAUGAAAAUCAAAUAAAAAAAAUGUUAUCCUUCUUCCUGCAGAUUAC